UGCGCCCAGGAGGCUCACGAAAGGAGUUUUGGGUAAAUUACCUGAGGAGUCUGUCGGUUAUCAUCCAGCAUUUAAACGCUGAACAUCUCAAGUAAAAUCGGCGUCGCGUGCGUGGCUAAACUAGACACAUUAAUCCAAUACCUAUGGUUGGUCUGCGUAUUCAUACCACACUGUUUUGCUGCGAUGUGGUUUAACGUUACCCGCUGUCAGACUCCCGUUACAGCCACAAACUGCCGGACACACUGGUGAGUGGGCUUAACGCUGUUAGCAAUCACCCCAGCGCUAGCGUUAGCUAACGGUGGCUGCAAACAAAUGAAACCGAAGCUGGUGGAAGCGCGCGGGCCCAAGUCGACUGCAGUAACCCAAAGUUAAAGCGCGCGGUAGCAGAAACCACGCAUUGAGAUGUAACUACGUCUCCUGGCCGAGAAACCAACACCAGCUCCGCGCUGCUGCGAGACUUUGGCUUUACGUUAGUUGGGCUCGUACCAGAUGAAGGACACAUUCACCGCAGUGAUCCUAUCAGCUGAUUUAGAAAAUUCAGCUGCUAUGCCUGCCGUUGGACUGCUUUUGUAAAACGUGGUCGCCAUGGCUUCUCGUAAGGUAGACGAGCUACCAAGUGACACCGAGGAUUUGGCUUCUGUCCCAGCGCAGACUUCCCGGCGCAGUCAUAACGACAUCAUGGAAGAGCCUCAGCCAGAUGCCAUGAGUGCUGCAGUGAAAUCCCAGAAAUCUGGAAAAUUCAGGAGGACUGCCCUGACAUUUUUUGGAGUUCGGAAAGGUAUCUGUAUUUUACCAAGCUUCUUUGGAGGAAGGAACAAGUGGUCUUCUAAGAAAGGAAUCCACAAAAGCAGAACACAUGAUGGGCUAAGUAAGGUUAGUUAUGAUGACAAUCUGAGAAGCGGGUACACCUCAGCAGGAGAUUUUGAGUACCACUGCCAGAGGGACUCUGCUGGAGAGCUCCACAGCAGCUGUCACAAUGAAUGUAGUCACCACACCGCUGACCAGAAAUCCCUGACUCUUACCCGGCAGAAAAGGGGUUUUAGGAGUCUUUUUCAAAGUUUUAAGUAUCACAGAAACCAUAAAAAUGUUGGGUUGGAUAAAACUGAAAUGAUUGCAAUGUCCUCCCCUUGCUGCAAGGAAGAGGUGCCCGUUGUCCAGGACAACACCAGCCAGUAUGUCACAGAGUGCCUGGGAUCUGAACCUGAUGUGCCUGAUUUUGCAGAUGUUAUAUGUGAGAUUUCCAUUAGGCCUGAAUGUAUUGAUGCUGAUGAGGUGCCAUCCGAGAAGAGCGUGGCGCAAGACAGCCCAAAGUCUGAGCUCAAUGAUGAGACUUGUGACGAAGAAAUAGAGGAAAUUAAAUUGAUGACCGCAGUUUCCAGUGAAUUGAAGGAGAGUUCUAGAGGACGGAGCGAUCCUUGCCUGAAACUCGAGACGAUGCCUGAGCCCAGAUUGAAGUCCGAAACCCCUGCUUGCUCAUCGGAUCAGCUAAACCUGAUUUAUGGAGACGUAGCAUCAUUAAAGAGCUUUGAUUCCCUCACUGGCUGCGGGGACAUCAUUGCAGAUCAAGAAGACGAAAGUAUCACAGAGAGCACGGUGUCAGGAGAAAGGAGCAGAAAUGGAGGAAAGAGGGCUUCUUGUUACCUUACUUAUCAGGGUGGCGGUGAAGAAAUGGCCUCACCCGAAGAUUUGGAUGAGGAGUGUCUACAUGAUUUCUGGGGAAAUAAUGCAUCAGAGGAAAUUUGCUGUACUUGCAGCCAAGAUCAUACUGAUUUGACCGCUGACCUGACAAGUUCUCACAAUGUGGACUUACUGAACAGUAACAGUGCACAGCAAGCCAGUGGCAUGGAUGUUUCUUCAAUUGCUGAUGCGUUAACUCCUCAAAGUGAGCAUCAAGAAUCAGUUCCAAAUAGUGACGAGGGCUACUAUGAUUCAACUACCCCGGGGCCAGAGGACAGACAAGAAAAAGCGGACCGACUAAGGGCAGAGAGAUUACCCAGGGACAGUUACAGCGGCGAUGCCCUCUAUGAGCUUUUUGCACCUGAUGAAAGUCUCAUCAGUCCACAUUAUGAAAACAAAUCCAAACUGCCCAGUUCAAAACAGUGCGAGUAUUUCAGUGAGCCAGUUGAUGUGACAGAUUCCGCCUUUGUUCCAGACAUGAAUCGGUUAAAACUAAGUGCUAAACUGUACAAAGUUCGCGAUUGCCGAGAGACGCCGAACACAUGCAGUAAGUCUUCGGAGUUGGCACAAAACGUGGUUGGUUGCCAGGAAAUCGGUACGAAUAAAAACCAUAAUUUGAAUUCAAAAGCCGAAGCAUCAGUCAACAAGAAUAUUAUAGAACCAGAUGUAUUUGAUAAAAAGGGAAUUGCGCCUGCUGUAACUGAAAAAAGAACAAAAUCCCUGAAUGCCGAGUGUGAGAAAAGGAACAGCAGUGUGUCGUUCGGAAGCACAUCUGACCCAGAUUUUGAAACAUUUUGUGAACCCAAAGAGCAACACCUCGAGGAAAACAAGCCCGUAGCUUUACCAUAUAAGAAUAUCAAUUCUCCGUCUCCAGAUGAUAACAAGGACUUGGAUGAUGGGCAAACUGUGUGUUUCUCUCAAGCCCUCGUAGACUACACAAAACACGCUCAGAUGCUGAGUAACCUGCACAACAAUGUGGAUGAUUUGGAGACACAAACUGCCUUCACUCCAAAUAUGCAGGCCUUACCUACCAUAGUCACAUUUGAUGUGGUGGAUAUGCAUAAUGAGGGUGAAUACGAUGAGCAGAUUCAUAUGGAACUGGAGGAGGACAUCUCAUCGCCCUAUCAAGAAUUUGAAGAAAGCUACCUACAAAAAGAUGCAUUUGCUGAAUGUGACUAUCAAAUGUUAGACCUGUAUGAACAGAACCUGAUCAGUAAUACAUGGGCAAUUGCUAGUCUCCCGCGGCACCUAGGCCUUACAAGAGUCAGUCAGUCCAUGCCUUAUCCGUUGUCUUUAGACAGGAGAAGUAGGUCUCUGGACACAAAAAGCCUUGAGUUGAAGAUGCCUGACGCGUACAGAGAGAACACAGCUGCUAUCGUUUCUUGUUCUCAAACUGAAAAAGACUCUGAAAGAGAUUCCUCACCAUAUUACAAAAAGAAUGUACUCGUGUCAGAGGUUAGAGACAGUAGCAGCAUUAUGACCUUAUCGUGGCAAACCAGGUCAGAAAUGGCUUUAAGCCUUCCACUGACAGAUGGGCAAUUCACUGAGAAAGUACAGAGUCUCAGUCAAAUUCAAGGAAAACGCAAAAUAUUUUCUAGUUCAUCCAGCAGCGAUUGUCCUAACAGCACAUCCCAACUUUGCUCCGAGGUGUCCGACAGAGCGUCCUGUGAUUUAAUUCCACAGAACACCGAGCUGUACAACAGGCAGCAUUGCCUUCCUCCGCAGUCUGAUUCCUGUUUACCUCAUAGCACCUUUGUUUAUUCUGGAAUUAUGGAUGAUGAAUCAGACAAUGUUGAUGAGGAUGUUUUUUGUAAAGCUGCCACUAAUUUGCAAUCCUAUAAUCAGUGUGGUAAAAGCAGACCAGUGGCAGGUAGAGACGGAAUAUCUCAUACUGGGAGUCCUCUGAAUGCAGGUGUGUCUAAAGAGAAAAUGGCAAUCCUCCGUGAAUCAAGAACACCAAGGGAUGUGGCCUGCAGCACACUCCCCGAUGCAACCUUUAAUUGAAAUGCUCUUGGCAUUGAGAUCACAUGUAUAUGUGCUAAAGAGUGCUUUUAUGUUACAUCCAAAGGAGUAAUUGUUGCUUAAUUUUUUUUACUUGCACAACAUAUUAAUUUGAAAACAUGUUGUUCACUGUGAGAGGCAGGACGUGAACUGAAAUUUUAUAUUCUGAAAUGUGGAGUCUUUGCCAUCAUGCUGCGUCAAGUACAUGGCUGGCUCAUUGGGAAGUAAAAAGGGAUUUUCCUGUAUUUGCACAGUAACAGCUGUUUGUUUCACACAGGCCACACACGUCAGUCUAUUCAACAUGUUUAAGCAAGUAAUAGUUGAAUUCACAUUGCAAAUGCUGACCGAUUCAUCUCAUUAAGCUAUUGAAUUUCACUAGAAGGAUUAAAUCCAUAUGUAGCCUCAGUGUCCAGGUCUCAGUAGUAAUGCCACACUGUUUAAUGGGUGUAUACUGUAUUAGCCUGGUCUCCAUAGCACAGCCACACAGGGCUAGCCAAGUCUUGCUUACCUUGCCAAUUGCCCCAAUACAUUUGUAGGCUUAUGCGUUAACUGCCAGCCUAUGUUUGUGUUUAGUUACUUUUCACAACCUCUCUUUACCCCAGUAAGCUUUAUGUUGGCCUGUCACGAUGCUCAAUUUGACUGUUUUUAGCUGUUUAGGGUUUACCUCAUUUCAGGACAGACUGGGUUUAGGAAACAAACAACAGACUAUCUUAAUUCACAGAGAGGAAUAGCUCAGUCCUCAGUAUAAAACAUGUCUCUUGUUAUGCUGUUAUUGUAUUUUGCUUAAUCUUAAAACAUCACCUAUUUCUUCCCCUCAACCCAAAACAGGAUAAGCAUGCAUAAGAAAUGUCAGAUGGAGUGAUAGUUUUUGCAACUUAACUUCAGCUGUCACUUCAUUUACAUACUGUAGAUAGCUAUGCAAGGCCUAUCUACUUGUUCUUAACUAUAGCACAUUUACGUGCAGUUACCCCUUGUGUGAAAUUGCUUUAGAUAAGACGUUGAAAAAAACGCCAGAGUAAAAUAUCUAUAAAAUUGUGGAGAAAAACAAAUCGAGGGGGAAAAAAACUAGGUAGUACCUAACUGGUCUCAGAUUUACUGUUUGCUUUUGGCCUGAGAAGAUUUGGCCUUACUGUGGCUGUUUUUUGUUGUUGUUCCCAUUUUCUAACCGCUUGACCAUCUUACUGAAAUGAUGUACUCCAUUACUGCAUUCAAGUAAGCUUGUGGAAUGAAAACAUAGUUUGAUUUUUGUUUGGAUUUUAAAAUGUCAAAAGAUAAACUUUUUGAUAUCAUUUUCUUGUGCAUUUUGUGUUUGAUAUGUAGUUUUUUUUAUAGUGUAAUAUUGAACAAAUGUUAAAUUUGUAUUUAUAUUCUCAACUAUUUGUACACUGUAACAUUGUAUUCCAAAUGGGUAUUACAAAUUGUCACUAUUCUUUUUGUUUUAUUUUGGAUUUAGUUUGUUGUGAAAUUACACUCAUGUUACAUUAGAGGAUUUCUCUUGAAAAUCUGUUACUGUUUUUUUGUCAGAGUAGAACACUGCCUUACACUAAAAUAAACACAACAAGACAU